CGCGGCUGGGUAUAAAUGGAGACGCCCCGCCUCUCUCUGGAGGAGUCGCGCCGGUCCCUCGCGUGUGUGUUGUGUGCAGUGCAGUGCAGAAGGCUGGAGUGCGCGAGUGUCGGAGCAGGACUAAAAGGACUUAACUCAGAUCGAACAAUGGAGCGAUUCGUCGUACGUAUGCUCGUGCCCGUCUUGGCGGCCGCGGUGGUGUCUGCCUUCCCCAGGAUCAGGGUGGCGAGGGACACUGGGGCGGCGCUGCGCAUGGGGCUGCCGUCCAACGCCACGUCCAUCCGCUCGGACGAGAUGCUGUCGGAGAAGUUCUCGUGCGCGGGCCGGCACUACGGCUACUACGCGGACCCGGACAACGACUGCCAGCUGUUCCACGUCUGCCUGCCCGUGCAGUUCGACGACGGCCGCGGCUCCAUGUACAAGUGGAGCUUCGUGUGCCCCGAGGACACCGUCUUCAACCAGGAGACGUUCACGUGCAGCAGGCGCGAGGACGCCAUCAACUGCCAGGACUCGGAGCGCUUCUACGGCCUCAACGAGGACCUGGGCGUGUCGCGCAAGCAGCUGCAGCAACAGCAGCAGCAGCAGGAGGAGGCCGAGGAGGCCGAGCCCACCGACGACAGCAUGGCCGAGGUGGUGGAGGACGUGCCGUACCAACCGGCGCACGCCGCGGUCUACCCGCACGCCGUCGAGAGGCCCACAGAGGCGCGGCCGCCGCCGCCGCAGCAGGUGCACCAGCUGCACCAGCAGGCUGACAGCGCCAUGCAGCAGCAGCAGCAGCAGCAACAGCAACAGCAGCAGCUGCAUCAAGCCUCGACAGACCCGUUAGACGACGGUGUCAGUAAAUACGGAGCCUUCACCACCAUCAGAUACUAGAAGCGUGGCAGAAAAGGAGAACAGAAAAACACAGGCCCUGUUGCCAUGUUGUUUUUUGGUUGUUGUCCUUCCUGCAGCCCCUCCCGCUCUUCCUGCCAAUGCUUUCCAUCUUUCUAAUUAUUCCCCCACCCCUUUCCCUUCCUUUUCCCCGCUACUUCGCCUCUGAAUCAGUCUUGUCUUGUACAUGCACCUUACUUGCACACUAUCUAUUUAUUUGUCAGGCAUGACUCACAGGUAGAGGAAAUCUGGUCCAUGAGUUCCAACACAACUUACCUGCCCUUCUUAUUCGGUAAGGUAGUGUUGGUUUGUUCUUUUAAUUGGAUAAGAUUGCCUCUCUAAAAUUGAGCCUUGGUCUGCCACCUAAAAAUGGUAAAUCGAUGCUCAACUGUCAUAAUAAUAAAAGAAAAAAAGAAACAUCUAUGCUAAUAAAUUAUGUACUGUAAAACUGU